CGAACUGCAACAAUUCUUGCCCCCUCAUCAUGGCGUCGCCGACCGAGUCGUUGGUGUUUGGCGGCAGCGUUUACGUGCACAAAUACGAUGCCACGUCCCACAACUACAUCGCGAUGAGCGAUUCGGCGCUCGGGCUCGCGCUCAUGGGCGAAAGCACCUCAUACCGGUUGUUCUGCUACAACCGCGCGCAGGAGGAGGUCGUCACGACCCCACUUGAUGUCCACGUCAAGUUCAUCCCCCAGCAAGACCACUACGUCAACUUUUACGAUUCCACUGGCACUCAAAACUACUCGAUGCGCUUCAAGGACGACGCGGCUGUCCAAGCAUUCCUGCAGGCGGUAGCGUGCAUCAAAGCUACGCUGUUAUGUCGUGGCCAUGGCACCGCCGCGCAUGACGGCAUCCGAAAUGGAGAUGGGGGAUACGCUGUCCAACUCGGCGACAUCGUCGGCAUGAAGAUUCAAGCGUGGUUGUUGGACGCUGCGCCUUCCACGAACCCCAUCGACAUCGUGGCUUCGACCCCGAUCAUGCGCUACGUCGAUCUCGACGACCUUCACAAGGUUAAGCUUGGAGACGCGAGCACCGAAGGGUUGAUCGGACUGUCUGGCCAAGUCGUGGGCAUGCAGAAAGGGUCGGUUCGGUUCAUUUACCUUCCAUCGACGGGCUCGACAUGGAUUCUUGCCCACGCCGAGCUUGUGAAGGUGAAAAAAGACAAAAGAUCCAGCGCAUCUCCAACUUCAAGCACCGCCUCGUUAGCUGCGACCGCCGCAAUCACAGCGUCUCCCAUGACGCUUCCCCCCGCCGUGAGUCAAGACGACCAUGACGACGAGCAUAAGCGUGACGAGCUCGUGACUCGGAUGGCGCACUUGUCCCGAAUGGGGAGCGGACACGCGCUCGUCCUCCCAUCCACAGGACGGCGAUUGUCACAAUCUGAUCUUGUCCAUCAACCGAGUCAGCUCUCGGACAAAGUUCCAACGCCGAUAGUGCUGACGAUGUCUCAGCCUCCUCCUUCCCACGCAUCAAUCCAGAGUAUUUCGCCUUCAACGAAGCCGGUGAGAGGUGUCGAAGAGACCGUAGCUGCACCUUCCAGUCGUGCACCCGCUAGCCCUCCUGCACCCAACGCCCGUGCACCUACCAGCCCACUGCAAAUAAUGGACCCAACGUCGCAGCUCCGACAAGAACAGGAGAGUCUCGUCGCCGAGCAAGAAGAAAUCCAGCGCCUUCGACAGGCCUUGAACGCAGCUCGCCAGCAACAGCACGAGCAACUAGGAGCGGCGCCGCUGUUGAAAACCCCUUCGUCGAAUCUCGUUCCCACUGCAAUGCCUCCACAGUUCGCCCCGCUUCAAUUGCCGCCCAGCGCCGUGUACGACUCGUAUUCCUACGGCGGCGCUCCCCUGGCGCCUCCGACCUCGUCUGGCUUCCUGCAGCAACCGUCGCCAUCCUUGCCCUUGUACGGUGUGCCUCCAACUUCUUCGACCUACACUGCAGUGCCAUUCAACCCCGUGGCUCCUGGCUACGCUCCACGCCCGGCGCUGUACUCGGCGCCAUCAACUCCGUCGACUGCGCCGCCUCCAACGUAUGUAUCAACCCCCAAUAACCCGAACGCGGAAGUGGAUACCACGUUGCAACGAGUGCAUCGCACGACGCUGUCCAUGGAAGGCAUGCUAAUUGAACUCCAGCGCAAGAUGGAUCGUGUUCUGCUCUCUUCGUCGAGCGGGAUCGCAUCGAGCUACAGUGUGUCGCCGUAUUCGCGCCGUUCCGAAAUGUCGUCGGCAUCUUCCUCUUCGUCUUUGCUCAAGUCGAUGGAGCGCGCACUCGGAAAUCUUGACGACUUACAAGACGCCAACCAUCGCUUGACCAGUCAAGUCGCCGAUCUCAAACGUCACAAUGCGCAGCUCCAGGACGACAUCGAUCGCCUGCAAGAGGACCUACGGCGGCACGCGGCCGCGACCACGUCGGCAUCGUAUGCGGCGGGAGAAGUGCAGUCCCUCCAGGCUGCGUUGGAGCAUGCCAAGCAGCGAUGUGCGCAGAUGGAAUCGGACGUGCAGCGGUGGACCACAGCGCUGGAGAAAGAGAGGAGUCUACGGAUGCAGCUAGAAGGGGACGUCGCGCUGGCGUCGCAACGGCUGGCGAGUGUGCAAAGUCAGGUGCAGCAGGACGCUGUGUCUGCCCAAGUCGAAGAAGCGAGGAAUGUCGCGAUGGCCGCACAAAGACAAAUGCAAGCAGAUAAACAGGCGAAUGCAGCGGCCGCGUCGAAAGCGGCGGCCGAGAUGGAAGCGCUGCAGUCGACGCACGAAGCCGAUCGAGCGGCAUUGCAACGAGAGAUGGAGCAACUGCGGACGCAGUUGUCGGCUGAGCGAGCGGCCCACGUGCGCGAUGCCGACGACGUCAAGGCCCAUCUGGACGCACUGGUGCAGGAGCGAGACGCCAACCGCGCCAAAGUCAUCGCGGCCGAACAUGCGGCCGCCGACAUGGAAGCUAGGUGGAGGCGAGAACAGGAAGACGCGGCGGCCUCGCGGCUGGCGAGGGCCGAUCUGUUCAAAGAGCUCAUGAACGACAUUUACUUUGCUUGCCAGGACGCGUUUGAGGAAGAGGGCGAGUUCACCGGGAAGGAAGUGGCGAUUCAGAUCCGCAAAAUUCUCAAGCAGCAGACGGUCGAAGUCGUUGCCAAGUUGGAGAAAUGAAGAAUAUGAUGAAAUAUCCGUCGAAUUGAGAAAUAUUUUUAUAUGACGAAAAGAUCGCCCAAGUCGGAAUCCAGCAAUAUGAUUGGACGAC